AUGACAAAAGUUCAGUACCGAACCCGGAUUAUCAUCGCAUACGUCAUUCACUUCUGGAGAAUUGAAUUAAAACUGGAUGCGGUUGACCUAGCGAGGAACUACAUAGGGUGCUACCGGUAUAUAGACCCGUCUAUAUACAUAGGGCCGAUUGAAAGCAUUGACGAAUGCCUCACAAAGUGCUAUGGAGAGAAAAAUGACAUGGUUGCCCUAGCAAGGGGUAAGGAAUGUUCUUGUGUCAAUAAAAUGGACGCAGCCACCAGCUCAUACCUCUGCAAUGCUCACUGCAGUAGUAAAGAGAGUUGUGGAGGGGAUGAUUUCUAUUCCGUUUAUAGAAAUAGAAAAAACACGACAGAGAUGCAGGGUGACUCGUUUUGCUCUAAGCAAGAACCUUCUCGUUUGGGGAACUCAAACAGGAUUUCCGACCUAAGUAGCGUAGAGGAAUGUGCUUUCUUCUGCUUGGAGAAGAAUCAGACAUUUUUCAAUUUCUACAUUCUACAAUGUUACUGCUUUAGCGAUUAUAAACCCUUUCCCCCAAUUCGAACCGUGUUGAAAUGUGAUGAAUGUCUGCAAGAUUCAAAUGAUACCAACUGUUGCGAUAUAAGUCUCAAAGACUGCAUAAUCACGUACACGUCACGUUUCAUCUACGAUUUUCAACGAGGUCUCUCGACAUAUUCGCACUGCGGUCAUGAAGAGAGCAAAAUACAAAAAUGUCCCAAGGGUUGUGACCCGGGUUGGACGGGGGACUCAUGCAGAGAAAGAAGCUGUUUGAUAAACAAUGGAGAUUGUGGGGACAAGAUGAAGUGCGUGGAGCUGUCCGUCAACGGUCAGCAGUACGUUGAAUGUGAGUGUCUGCAUGGACUGGUUAGAAACAAAUGGAAUUUGUGCGAAGUCUUCAGGAUCAACUUGGCUCUGCAUCAAUCGGUGCAUGGUAGUUCAACAAAUGAUCAAUCCUCGACAAAAUAUUUAAAUGACGGCAUGUGCGAUGGUUACAAUUUUGCUCAAGCCGAUGCCUGGUUAGCUGUCGAGCUCCAGAAAUUGUACUGCGUUGGUUUUGUGAGAGUUUACGGAAAGAUUUGCUUAACGGAAAAGCACUGCAAUCAUAUGAACGAGUUUGUCAUCAGAUUAAACAGAACCAUCAACUUGAUAUCUAAAACGCAAUCAAGUAUCAUGGCGAAUUUUUGCGGACGAGGACCUAAAAAACCCCUUCAAGCUGGAAACCCCAUGAUCGUUAUCUGUCAAAAUUUUACAGUACUUUCCAAAUUUGUUAUCAUCCAUCAAUCCGAGAAAUUAUUGACAAAAUCUCAAAUUGCAGUUGCCGAGCUGGAAGUCUUUGAGGUCGGUUGCGACAUCAUGAACGGCCGCUGUUCCAAUCAAAAGUGCACAGAAGUAAGAAUGAAAGAUGCGAAGAUUAUCAAAUGCGUCAAUUGGACUGAUACAAAAAAUGUCACUGAGCCUUUUUACGGAUGUUAUGAGAUAGCGAAAGCUGAAUACGAGCAUCCCCAAUCUGGCUUGUCGUACAAAGAUUGCAAGAACGCGUGCAAAACCAGCUCAUACAAGCUGUCUGUUGUUAAGGCCGGUUACAAAUGUUCGUGUGGGAAUUAUGUUGUAGUGAGCGAAGAGGCUGGAGUAGAAAAGUGCAGAGACAAACUUGAGCAGUAUUCUUUGGUGUAUCACGAGUGUAAAUACGUUGAUGACUUUUGCGAAUCAACGAUAGAAUUCACGGUCUCCCCUGACGACUUACUAACACCAAUUGGCCCUACUGCUUCAAUUGGUAACUCCACUAAUUAUACUAGUAAAAAAAAGAAAGGAAGUUCCAAUACGACAGCUGCAAUGGAUGGAAAUGGUGCAAUUAAGUCUAAGUACUACCUGUACGUCAUCAUAUUAGAAGCGUCGAUUGCCUUCUUGGUUAUCUUUGGGAUCGUCGUGAUUGUCGUCAGGAAGAAAUGGGAAAGGAAUCAUAGAAGAAGAGAGGAGAUGGCAGAAGUGGAAUCUGAAAAGAAGUCGAAAAACAAAUCGAGAGCGAGUAUCGUCCCAUCAACCGCAAAGUCUCUGCAUUCCUCGGACACUUCCUUGUCCGCAGAAGACGAUUGA